AUGAAGAUUGUAGAUGAUUAUAUAAAAGCUAUAACCGAAAAAUAUAAAAUGAUAUUGAACAAUUUACAAAUGUAUCAGAUCUUUGAUUUGUUAGAAAAACAUGUAUCAGAAUGUAAUAUAUGUUUUGAAGUAGGAACUACUUUUAAAUGUUUAAAAUGUGCUUUUUGUUCUCAUUCCGAUUGUUUGAUGAGUUGGUACGAUAACGAAGAUGAUGAUAGCAAAGAUACUGUAACAAGUACCUCCUCAACCCCCAAACGAUCAGUGAAUAGAAAAUCUAGAAAAGAAAAGCGACAAAGAAGAAUAACCAAGCCCUUCAUAAUCAAUCAAAUUGAUAAUUUUAUAAAAGAUAUCAGUAACCAAAAACGCAAAGCUUCCAAUAAAAAUGAAUGCAUCUAUAAUCAUGAAAUUGAAUUGUUUGAAGAUUUGAAGAAAAUUUUUGAACUUACUAAUGAGAAUAAUUCUUUGGUUUUUGCAUUUUAUCGUAAUUUUCAAGAUAAAAGAAAAGAAAGUGUUAAUAAAAUUAAAAGAUUAGAAGAAGAACUUAGAAUAUCAAGAGAAACUAGUAAAGCAUUAAGCACUGAAAGAAGUGAAAUCGCAAAAAAAGUUAAUGAUUCGUUACGUAAAAAAGAAUUUGCUGAAAAUAGAAUUACAGAACUCGAAAAACAACAUAACUAG